AGAACUUUCAGUCAAGAUGAAGCUCCACUGGCUGCUUUUGGCAGUUGUCCUGAUCUGUGCCCUCAACUACACGCAUUGCGAAGACGACUCAACCACCACUUCCACCGAGGUCACCACGGUCGCCUCUUCGACCACCGUCUCGACCACCUCCUCGGACACCACUGCGGCCAGUAGCAGCAGCAGCGACUCGGCCACCACCGCCUCCUCCAGCUCGAGCAGCUCCUCCUCGUCCUCUAAGAAGUCGGCCGCCGCCAAGAAGCGGGCCAGAAGGAGGCGUGCCGCCGCCCGCAGAAGGCGUGCUGCCAGAAGGCGUGCCGCCCGCAGGCGCAACAGGGGUUAAACUGGACGCACGGGGUCAAGGUCAAGGUCAUCCCAUCCAGCCGAAACAACGCACUCCUACAAUCUUUUUUUUUCCACUCCCUCUUCUGAUCUUCUGAUCGGAAAAUUAAAUUUAACCCGGCUAUGGCAUUAAAUUGC